UAUAUGAAGUUCUUAAGAUCUUAUAUACUGUGGCACUGGCAGUGGAUCAAUGGCGACCUCGAAGAACAUACUCCCACUCCUCCUUUUAAUCCUCCUCUCUCUCUCCACCAUCUUCCUCCUCUCUCUUCCCCCAUCCAAUACCAAGUUCCAAAUCCUUCCCCAAUUCCCCACAAUAUCAACUUCAAACCCUGGCCCAAAUUUCACUCUCCUCAUCAAAGUCCUCACUUUUAACCGUCUCUCUUCUCUCACCCGCUGCCUCAACUCUCUCGCUAAAGCGCAGUAUGAUGGCAUUAACGAAGUGCAUCUUCAUGUAUUCGUUGAUCAUUUUAUGCAAGAUUCAAAUUAUGGGUCUGCGGACUUGGACCAACGAUUGAAUCUUUCGAAAGAAAUUCUUGAUUUCGUCGAUGGGUUUGAGUGGAAAUUUGGUGAGAAGUUUGUGCAUUAUCGAACUUCGAAUGCUGGGCUUCAGGCUCAGUGGCUCGAAGCCUGGUGGCCCAGUUCGGAUCAUGAAUUUGCAUUUUUUUUUGUUGAGGAUAAUCUGGAGGUUUCACCUCUCUAUUAUAGGUUUCUUAAGGCUGUGAUUUUGAAUUACUACUAUAAUGCUUCAAACUUUAAUAAUAUGAUUUAUGGGGCAUCACUGCAGCGGCCGAGGUUUGUGCCAGGUAAACACGGAAACAAAAUGCAUUUAGAUAGUGGAACUCACCUUUUCUUGUAUCAGCUGGUCGGCACUUGGGGUCAACUUCUGUUUCCAAAACCCUGGAAAGAGUUCUGUUUGUGGUACGACACACACAAGGCAAAAGGCAUGAAGCCGGGGGAUGGUGACAAAUGGAUGGUACAAAAAGAUGGGAGAGAGAAUUUGGACUCCUUGGUUUAUUAAAUUUAUCCAUUCUCACGGGUACUUCAAUUUUUAUACCAAUUUUUUGCAAGAGAGAGCACUCUGUCUCUCAUAGAGAUGCUGGUGUUAAUUACAGGAAAACAGCAGGACCUGAUUCUUACUUACUGGAUGCAAAUUCUAAUGAUUCCAACUCUCUGGAACUACAUCCUUUAAGUGAUCUCAAGUGCCUUUACAGGGUAUCAGAGACUAUUGUCAGAAAUUUUCUCUGCCACAUUGAGAGGUUGAAUAUUCGAAACUAUAUCUUUAUUGUCCCAACAUCUCUUUUCCUACUUGAUCUUGCAAGAAGAGGGCAUCCUGUAAUUGAUAAAGACCAGUUUUACGAUCCUGCACUUGCCAAGUCUUUUAAGUUUCAGAAUACAAUGGAGGAACUUACCAAGGAGAUUCUUGUGGAGGCAUUUGUGACUAAAAGAUGUUUGGAACUUGGUUAUAGUACCUGGCUACUCAAGUUUCCCCUUGCCAGUGAUUUAUUUCUGAAUUCCUUUGAGCAGACCAAUUAUUUUGUUAUUGGGAAGAGUUAUAGACUUCUUUUUGUCGGGAGCUCAUCCCCUGUUUUAAAAAUUUGGGUUGAAGAUUUUAUACAUGAAGCUGCUACAUUGGUGAACACACGGAGAAAAGAUUCAGUUCCUCAUGACAGCAGUUUUUUGUUAUGCAGUGGAAAAAUUAUUGAGACAAAAGAGCAUCAAAUAUAACAGCAUGGAUGAGACGCAAUUAGGCUUUGAUAUCAACAUUGCUGAUGCUAAGUACCAAACCUCUCCAGGGAUUGAAAAGAAAUUUGCUUUCUGGUCUUCUGAGACUGAACUGGAUAUAAUACAAAGGCAGCUGGUACAGUUGAGAUUAUGGGUUGUGGAUGAUGAAUCUUCGUGCACCGCUGUUAUUUGUCACCCAACAUAACAUUUUCUGAUAUACCUUCUUUUUCACUUAAUUUUGGAGAAAUACGGCUAGAGUAUAGAAUAGUGAUGUUUCAGGUAAAUUGUCUGCUUGGGACGUGCACAAAA